AUGGACAAGCCAAAUGACUAUCAUUUCAAUUUCGACGGCAGCAAUGGUCUUCCUCUUGUCAGAAAAUCGCCGUCUGCCAGUAGAGGAGCGUCUGUCGAGUCGUUGCUAUCCGACUCUGACGAAUCUGAGAAGCCAGACUGGAACAAGACAGAACUGCUAGGCUUGUCCGACGCCGUACGCGCCUCCUUAAAAUAUGACAAGAACCUAGGUCCCGGGGCCGACAAACUGAGCAGCUUCUUGGACGCCGUAUUGAAAGACGAGGAGCGCCGACGGCCAUCCCUGGACUUCGACACGAUCGAGCAUGCACGCCUCGAUAAGCUGCUGGCCGAUAUUAUCCAGCUCGCCGACAUGCUCAAAGUGACCAACUUUGCGACAGAACUACCGUUGAGGUUCCGGGUCGAUGCCGCUAAUGCUAAGAAACUGCGCAUGCUCUGGAGACAACGAUUCAGGGAGCAGUACUUUAUGAUUGAUCACAUGCGAAGCGCAGUGCUGGUCAAGGGAGGCCGGUUGAAGGAUGUAUCGUUCAAUUGCGCCUUGAAGUAUGACUUGGGGAAGUGGCAGACGAAAGCGAGUGACCCGAUGUCCGAGCUAGAGAGCAAUCUGCAAUUCAUACCUGGACACUGGUGGUUGAACAUCGCCUGUGCCCAACGCGACGGCAUCGUUGCGAGCCCGCUCGAGGCGCCGACAAAAAGCAGGUACGGCAUCACCGCUUUGCCGCUUCUCACUGGAAAAGAGGAGGUCUUGCAAACGGACGGCUUGAACAUCGUCAAAUACAUCCGCAAGGGUCGUUCGGGCGACAUGCACGUUCCCUUGAUCUCGCAAGUAGGGACGCAAAUCCGCAUUCUGCGAGGAUACAGACUCAAGAGCAUCUACGCACCGCAAGCCGGCGUGCGGUACGACGGCCUGUACACCAUCAGGCAGUACGGAACGAAAUUGGACAUCGCGACGAACACGCGCAAGCUGGAGCUGACGCUGGAGUGGGUGCGUGACCAGAAGGCCAUGGAGACUUUCACGAGGAUCCCGACGCCGUCUCAACUCGACGAUUGGACACUGUACGAGAAGCUCGAGGGCGACAAGAUUAAGCUUAUGGAGGGCGACGCGCGGUACCUGGAGUGGAACCUUCAGCACGAGGAGGAGAGGAUCGACCGGGAAGAUUGGAAGAGAGACCGCGAGUUUCGAGCCUCGUUUUCCUAGAAGCUGAAGAGGCUCUGAUGACGACAGAACUUAGCAAAGGCG